AUGCUCGGCGGUCUCAAUCGUUUAGGACUUGGAUUGAGAGCUCCACCUCCUAGCUAUGCCAGCCAUGGAAUUGCCUCUGCACAGUCAUCCGACAAACUGACAACACUCUUUGUCGGCUCCAUUUCAGCUGGUAUCGAUAAUGCUUUCCUUGAACAAUUGUUCACUGUAUGCGCAUGUCAUCUUACUGAUCGUCCUUCAUGCGGAACUCUCAGAUCCUUCAAGCGAUUGCUCAAUGCGCAGAACAAGCCACAGGCGUUUGGGUUUGCAGAGUAUGAAGAGCCUGAGGCGGUGGAUCGAGCACUGCAGACACUGAACGGUCUGCAGUUGCCGAAUUUGGAAGAUCCUAACGGUGAGGCUAAGAAGCUGCUGGUAAAGGCGGACGACAAAACAAAGGCUUAUCUGGCUGCAUAUGAGGCUCAGCGCAUGCGUACUGAGAGUGAUGAGGAAGCCCUCAUAUCUGCACGAGCCUCUAUCUCGCAUCUCGUAUCUACUAUCGCACAGGCCGGCAUGUCUUCGUCAAACAUGCCCAACAAAAAAGACGCCCCCAUCCCACCACAUCUUCGUGACUUGCAAGAGGCCGACCUGCCAGAGGAGCAGCGUGGCCUGGUCAUGAGCGAAAUCGCCAUGUUUCGUGAUCGAGCAGCGAAGAAGGAGGUAGAGAAGAGGAAGCAAGCGGAGGAAGCUGCGCAAAGUGCGUCUGCCGCUGCUAUUGCUAUGUCACCUAUAGGACCACCGACCGGUCCCGGACGUGGUUGGGGAAGAGGACAGCCCCCACCGUCUGGACCGCAUCAAGGUUUCGGUACUGGUCCUCAAAGCUAUAAUCGACCUGUUGGUUUUGUACGUGGUGGCGAUGUUGGAUGGCAACAGCGUCGACCGAGUCACGGCGGGGCAAGCGAGAGCGACCUACGAUCGCCGAGCAGCAUAGAGAAGUCAGACUGGGAACUCGAACAAGAAAGGCUGGAGAUGAGGCGACAACAAGAGGAAACUUCUUUCCGUGAUCGGGAGCGCCGGUAUGAGAAUCGCGAACGUACGCGUAUCACUCAGAUUGAGCGGCAGAUAGCGCGCGAUACGGCAUUGGAGAGCCAACGAGAGCGCGAUCGAGCCGAUAUGUCUGUCCGAUUAGAGAUGUGGGAUGAUGAUGAGAGUGACGAGUUGUUCUAUACGGACCGAGCAGCUUGGAGAUCGAAACGUGCCCAGUCCCUUGCUCGGGAACGCACGGCUGAUCAGCGCAGCUGGGAAAUCGAGCAACGUGAAGCUGAGCAUCUUCGUUUGGAAUCGGAGAAGUUCCUUGAAAGACAGAUGGAGGAUCUUGCCUUAAUGAUGGACGAGCAACGCAAGGCCGGUCUCCUUCUCGACGACAUUGCGCCUCUCAAGCUGUCUAUCAACGCUGCUGUGCCGAAGAUUGAAGAAAAGAGGGAGACUAAGCCCGAGCCCAAAAAGUUAAUGAUGGAGGAAGAAGACGAAGAGGACACGAGCAAAAAGAGAAGCGGCCUUGUGAAGCUUGACUUCGACGCAAUGAGCCGAGGAGGGAAACGAGUUGAGAAACUGGAGACACUGAAAGGCCGCGUUCUUGCUAUGGAUACCGACGAGGUGAUCAAGACGAAGCUCAACUGGUUGGCCCUGAACGAUGCGACGAUCGAUGCCAAAGUUGAGCCUUUGGCGAGACGGAAGAUCACUGGCUACCUCGGCGAACUAGACGACGAUGAGCUGGUCAUGUUUGCAGUUGAGCAUGUGAAAGAUCGCAAAGGACCGACUGAGCUGGCCGAGGGUUUGGAGCCGGUACUGGAAGAGGAGGCGAAGGACUUUGUGAACGAUCUAUGGAGGCAGCUAGUAUUUGAGAGCAUGGCGUACGCUGAAGGGGUCGACACCAUGGACAUGUUCAUUGUAUGAGUACCUAUGUGAUCC